GCGGAUCGUUUAAAAGGCAACUUUGGAGGAAUGAGCUGCAACAGAAGGAGCAAAGAGACAGAAGAGGCAACUUACAACUAGCGCAGCGCUACCCGACGCAUCUUUCUUCUUUUAAUUUCCCACCAAAUCAAUACUUUCAAAGAUGCUCUCCACGCGUAUCCAGUGCGCACUGGCGCUCCUGUCCCUCGCGCUUGCCGUCAGCAGCGUCUCUGCAGCACCGACAGACGCCAAACUCCGCCAACUUCUGCAGAGAUCUCUCCUCAACCCGGCUGGAAAACAGGAACUCGCCAGAUACACACUCGCAGACUUGCUCUCAGACCUCGUGCAAGCAGAAAACGAGGCGCUGGAGCCCGAGGAUCUGUCUCGCGCUGUGGAGAAAGAUGAAGUGCGUCUGGAGCUCGAGCGUGCCGCCGGUCCGAUGCUGGCACCUCGCGAGCGCAAAGCCGGAUGCAAGAACUUCUUCUGGAAAACUUUCACGUCGUGUUAAUUUCUCACCGCGCACCGUUUCCUUUUGACUUCUUUUUUUUUUUACUCCUUCAUAUUUCUUUUUCCCGUCUUUCACGUAUUCUUCAUCCUAUCUAAAAUGUAUAAAAGAAAAUAAAAGCGAUUGUAUUUGUCGUUUAACAACGAUGGUGGUUUUUCGAGGCUAUUGAUGUGUCAUCGGAAAGAAUGUGUUGCGGAUGUGUGCGAAUCUGCUUUUAAUUGUACUUUAGCAGAUAUCACUAUU